CACAAGAAGAACAAAAAAAAAAAAACACCUAACAAAACAAUAGCUAGGUCUUGACAACAUUUAUUCAUUUAACCAAAUAGUAUUUGAAUAUAUAAAAUGUCUUUGGAGUGGGCUAAAUCUACAGAAUAUAACACCUUAAACACAACCUUCAACUUACAUUUUUAAAUGUGUGAUCUUCUUCCUGUGAAAUGAUAUCUUCCUUUUUGAAAUCUUGAGCAAAAUCUAAGUGUGUGUGUGUGUGUGUGUGUGUGUGUGUGUGUGUGUGUGUGAGAACAGGACAAUAAGUGUGUGAUGAGUGUGUGUGAUGGGAGGAGUGUAGAGAAACUGGUUAAAGUGUGUGUUCCCAGUGCCUUUAUGACAUACUCAGAGCCUCUACACAGAACACUCCACAAUGGGUGAUCCAACCACAUUUCCCUUUGUUCUAGACUUCGGCGCCAUUUACGAUGAACUCAACUUCACAUACAUGUACAACGACUCGGAGUUCACCCUUAACCCCGACACGCAGCCCUGUGAAGCCAACUCCAUCCCAAAUGCAGCCAUGGUUGUCGUCAGCGUGUUUUACAUCCUCAUCUUCCUGUUGGCCAUUCCUGGAAACCUGGUGGUGACUCUGGUGAUCGGCCUGAGCAAGCAGUCGCUGCCCCCCUCUGACCUCUACCUCCUCCACCUGGCUGUUGCUGACCUCCUGCUGGCCUUCACCCUCCCGUUCUGGGCUACUUCCGUCACGCAGGGAUGGGUGUUCGGAGACGCCAUGUGCAAAGUCGUCACCAUCGUCCAAGAGCUGAGCUUCUACUCCAGCAUCCUCUUCCUGACUUGCAUUAGCGUGGACCGCUACAUGGUGAUCGUGCGAGCCAUGGAGGCCCGCAGGGUGAACCGGCAGCUGGUCAGCUGGGGAGUGUGUGCUGCCGUCUGGGCUGUUGGAACUCUUCUGUCUCUGCCGGGGCUUUUUAAUUCCUCCUUCAAAUCUUCUAACUUCAGUCGGAUGGAAUGUUCUGAAAAGUAUGAUCCCACUAGUGCCAACGAAUGGCGUCUGGCCACUAGAAUUCUUCGCCACACGUUGGGUUUUUUGAUCCCCCUGGCCAUCAUGCUGUCCUGCUAUGGAGUAACCAUCAAGCGCCUCCUUCACAUCCGGGGAGGGUUUCAGCGGCAGCGAGCCAUGAGAGUGAUCGUGUCUGUGGUGGUCGCUUUCCUUCUCUGUUGGACGCCGUACCACAUCGCAGUGAUGGCAGGCACCCUCUCCAGGACCAAGAUAGCGCUGUACCAGUGCUCGGCGAGGAUGGCAGUGGACCAGGCCAUGUUCGCCACCCAGAGUCUGGGGCUGCUCCACAGCUGUGUCAACCCAGUGCUCUAUGCCUUCGUGGGGGAGAAGUUCAGGAAGAGCUUUAUGCAGAUCUUGAGGAAGAUGCGCAUCCUGGAAAGAACGUCUGUGACCAGAAGCAGCAGGUCUUCAGUGUCGUCAGAACUCACCUCCACAUUUAUGUGAUAAACCCAAAGAGACACUUCGAACUAUUUACAGGAAAUAAUCUUGUCACUGCUGAACAACAAAGAACUAGUUUUGAUACCUCUCUAUUUUUAUUAAAUCUCAACAUUGGUGGACUUUUGAAACUCAAUCACUCAAAAAAAGAGAUAUAUAUUAAUACGUAUAUGUUGUCAUGCUUUGUUAUAUUUUGGACUUUUACCCUAUAUUUUAAAAAUAUUUUUUCUGUUUUACUUCUUUUUAUACAUAUUUAAAUGAGACAUCUUUGAGGGAAAUUUGGUAAAGCUGUAAACAUACAGAAAAUCUCUUUCCUCAGACAGACAUGUCUGAGGAAAGGGAUUUUCUGUAUAUUGUGAGGACAUUCUGAGGACAUUCUGUCAAGUUUCAUUUUCAUGUGUAACUAAUGCAAUGUCUCAACAUUAAGACAAAUUAUCCACAUAUGAACACUUUUAUAUGCAGCUGAUAUCUCUGGACAAAGGUAGAAUUGGACAUUGAGUUAAGAUACUUUUUUUUAAAAUAACAUAUAAAUGUGAUAUCUCAAUCCAUGAUUCCAGCUAAAAGUGUAUUGCAUCCAUUGCGUCAGAAACCUUAAACCAUACUGUACAGUACUACAGUGUAUAUAAAUUCAUACACAUGUUCAGGGUUAUUUACGUUUUUUGUAAGUAAGUCUGUUCAUUUCUUUGGUUCAGUAAGCUGAAGACAGCAGGUUUUUAUUGAGAUGCCACACAAGUUGUAAUCUUUGCAAAGUUGCAAUCAUCAUAAAUUAUUUUAAACAUAUACACUGCUCUCUGUUUCUGAAUAUUAUAUAACUCUUUUGAGUCACCUUAUAUGUCCCAAAGCUGAUAAGACGAGUAAUGUGUUUUAAAAAAAAAAUAUAUAUUUAUAGCCACAGCCAAAGCUGCUAGUUCGGAAAAGUAGAUGUCGUGGUGAAUGCAGAAGCAACACUGAAGCAAUCAUUUUAAGUCAGAGAGGCAAGAUUUGCUGCUCUAUAUGGGGAAAAAUAAUCUUUAAAAAGCACUGAUUGGUUACGAAAUGAUACUAGGGAAGUUCAGCUGACAGGCACCACCGCUAAUUUAAAAGCAGAACAAUAUUUUUGCUGUAGCCUGGCUAAUGCAUUUGUUACACAUUUAAUUAAGGAAACUACAUUUUGUAUAGAAAUAAUUUCAAAUGUUCUUCUAUGAAAGAUAUUGACAUUAAUAAACAUAUGUUAUA